CGGGUAUUUUUUCCCUAAAAUCGAAUAAAGCUGCAGACAGCGGUUGGGCGUAACAUAGACAAAAGCUUUUCUAAAUGAUGCAAGAAGGUCUCCCCUCAUUUACUCCAUCCAGCUAUCACUCUCCCACUCUUAAACAAUUUUUCAUCUUGUAACGCUUACUGAGCUCUCUCCAUGGAUUAUCUGUUCCCAACAACUUCCUCCUCCCUCAGAACCCUAAAGUAAACGCAUUUAGAAACGAAACUUUUGUUGGAAAUGUAGUUUCUCUUCAACUGUAGUGGAACAGCAGAAUGGAUGUUUCAGCUCCAAGGUCGACCGGUAACGUUGAAGACAUACAUAGUACAAAAUUAGAGAAGCUGACUUUGGCUGAGGGUUCCGUUGACAAGCCACAGAAGCAAUCUUCCACUGAAAGUGUAAAAUUAACUAAGAAUGUGAAACAGAACUCAAGCCCAAAGAAUAUUGGCUUAGUAGCAAAGAAUGGUGGUGAUACUAGUUCUAGUGGGUUCAGGUCGUCAACAUUGACAAAAUCUACACUUAGUAGUGCAUCAAGAAGCUCUGCUGCACCACCCGUUGCCAGAAGGAACAGCACUGGCAGCCUUCCUGAAAGACAGCAGUCAACAAUUACUAAGCGGUCUACCAGUAAUGCAACUCCUGUUGCUGCUAAAAAGCCUUCUUCCCCUGCCUCUGAGCCUCUGAGACGAUCUCUUCCUGAAACUAGACGGAUCUCACUUCCUUCAGUUACUAGAAAGCCAGUUCCUGUGUCUCCUAAUGUGAAAACACCAUCCAGCUCUGAGGCAUUCAGACAAGAAUAUGUUAAGAAGGCUUCAAUUAAAUCAUCACCUUCUUCAACUUCUAUCAGGAGCCACGAGUCUAUACCAUUUGAUAGCACAGGAAGUAGUGGUUUGAUUCGAAAUGUAGCCCCAAAGUUGUCAUCUACUGGCCCACGUUCACCUUCGCUUAACAGUGGAUCUAGGACUGGGUCUUCUUCGACUUCAGUGGAAAGGACCUCAGGCUUUUCAAACCGUAAAAAACUUGGAACAACUGAAAGCUGGGAUUCACGUCUUAUUAUGCUUCCUCAAGUGGAAAUCAAAGCUGGUGAUGAUGUGAGGCUGGACCUCAGAGGUCAUAGAAUUCGCAAUCUCAACAGCAGCGGGCUGAAUUUGUCUCCCACUUUAGAGUUUGUUUACCUCAGAGACAACCUAUUGUCUGGAUUGGAUGGUAUUGAAGUACUAAAGCGGGUGAAGGUUCUUGACUUGAGCUUCAAUGAUUUCAAAGGUCCAGGCUUUGAACCACUUGAGAAUUGCAAAGCCCUUCAGCAACUUUAUCUUGCUGGAAAUCAAAUUACAUCAUUGAAAAGCCUUCCCGAGCUCCCUAAUUUGGAGUUUCUCUCUGUUGCUCAGAAUAAGUUAAAAUCCCUUUCAAUGGCAAGUCAGCCUCGACUGCAGGUAUUAGCUGCUAGCAAGAACAAAAUAUCAACUUUAAAAGGAUUUCCACAUUUACCUUCUCUAGAGCAUUUACGCAUAGAGGAGAAUCCUAUUCUUAAGUUGUCUCAUCUAGAAGCCAUGUCCAUUUUGCUUGUGGGUCCAACUCUAAAGAAGUUCAAUGACAGAGAUCUUUCAAGGGAGGAAAUUUCACUUGCCAAACGUUAUCCUGCUCACACUGCUCUCUGCAUCAGAGGUGGCUGGGAGUUCUGUCGUCCUGAUCAUGCUGUAGAUUCGACAUUUCAGUUUUUGCUUGAACAAUGGAAGGAAAAGCUUCCACCAGGAUACUUACUCAAAGAAGCUUUUAUAGACCUUCCAUUCGAAGAAGAUGCUUGUUACUGCCACUUUAACUUCUCUAAAGACAAAACUGAUGUUAGUGAUUCGGAAAUAGUCUUGAAAUACCAAUGGUUUAUAGGAGAGAAAACUCCUUCCAACUUUGUGGAAAUUCCUGGUGCAACAGGAGAGUUCUAUUGGCCAAAGCAUGAAGAUAUUGGAAGAAUUCUGAAAGUGGAGUGUACUCCUGUCCUGGGAGAAAAGGAAUAUCCUACCAUUUUUGCAAUUUCGUCUCCAGUAUCACACGGAACUGGAUGCCCAAAAGUAUUAAGGACUGAAGUUUGCGGGGACCUGGUUGAGGGAUGCAUAAUAAAAGGUUAUGCAGAAGUUGCCUGGUGUGGUGGUACUCCUGGGAAAAGUGUUUCAAAUUGGUUAAGGAAAAAAUGGAAUAGCAGUCCCGUGGUCAUUGUUGGCGCUGAGGGUUAUGAAUACCAAUUGAAUAUCGAUGAUAUUGAUUCAUGCUUGGUAUUUAUGUACACCCCUGUUACUGAAGAAGGUUCCAAAGGGGAACCACAAUAUGCAAUAACUGAUUACGUUAAAGCAGCUUCCCCAUCUGUCAGCGGCCUGCACUUCAUUGGAGAUCCAGUUGAAGGUAAUGUCAUUAAAGGAGUUGGGAAGUAUUUUGGUGGUAGGGAAGGUCCUAGCAAAUUUGAAUGGUUGCGCGAAGAUAAUGAAACUGGGGGAUUUGUGUCAGUAUCAACUGGUACAAAUGAAUAUACUCUGAUGAAGGAGGAUGUUGGGCACCGGUUAGCUUUUGUAUAUGUACCGGUUAACUUUGAAGGCCAUGAGGGGAAAUCUGUAUCAAUUGUGUCUCCGAUAAUUAAGAAAGCUCCCCCGAAGGUAACAAAUCUGAAAAUAAUCGGAGAACUGAAGGAAGGCAGCAAAAUCACAGUAACUGGUAUUGUAACUGGAGGAACUGAAGGAUCAAGUAGAGUUCAAUGGUUCAAAUCUGGUUCACCGUCACUUGACGAUGAGAAAGAUCUUGAAUCAUUGAGCGCAUCUAAAAUUGCUAAGGCAUUCCGAAUACCCUUGGGAGCUGUUGGAUACUUCCUUGUUGCAAAAUUUACUCCAAUGUCUCCAGAUGGUGAUGCUGGUGAACCAUCUUAUAUUUUAUCGGAAAGAGAAAUCGAAACACUUCCACCCAGCCUGAACUUUUUAUCACUCACUGGUGAUUGCAUUGAGGGUGAAAUUCUUACCGCAUCAUAUGGUUAUAUUGGUGGUCAUGAAGGAAAAAGUAUUUAUAAUUGGUAUCUUCAUGAGGGUGAAAAUGACUCUGGUGUAAAUAUACCAGAAGUAUCAGGUCUUCUUCAAUAUCGCUUAGCUAAGGAUGCUAUUGGUAAACUUGUAUCAUUUAAAUGCACUCCAGUCCGAGAUGAUGGCACAAUUGGUGAGUCAAAAGUUUGCAAAGGCCAAGAACGUGUUCGCCCAGGGACUCCGAGAUUGCUUUCCUUACAAAUAGUUGGGGUUGCUAUUGAAGGCUCCACAUUACAUGUUGAAAAAGAAUAUUGGGGUGGUGAAGAGGGAGACUCUGUCUACCACUGGUUCAAGACCAUUUCAGAUGGAAGACGCAUUGAAAUCAAUGGCGCUACAGAUUCAUCCUAUUUACUUUCACUUGAUGAUGUUGGCUAUUUUAUAUCUGUAUCCUGUGAACCCAUCCGUUGUGAUUGGGCCCGUGGUGCUAUUGUUCUUUCAGAGCAAGUUGGGCCUAUCCUUCCAGGGCCACCAACUUGCCAUUUGCUCGAAUUUGAUGGAUCUUUGAUUGAAGGGGAACGUGUUGGCUUCACGGCUUCUUAUACUGGCGGGGAGAUGGGUGAAUGUUCAUGUGAAUGGUUUCGAGUGAAGACUGGUGGUAUCAAAGAAAAAAUCAGUUCUAGCGACUUUUUGAAUUUGACUAUUAGUGAUGUUGAGAGUCGCAUAGAGCUUAUUUACACUCCUAUAAGAAAAGAUGGGAUGAAAGGAAGUCCCAAGAGCAUUAUGUCUGGACCAGUAGAGCCUGGGGAACCAAAGGGGGUAGAAUUAACAAUUCCCGAAUGCUAUGAAGGCAAGGAGGUUAUUCCUGUAAAGAGAUAUUUUGGAGGUAAAGAAGGGCUUGGAGAAUAUACAUGGUUUAGAAUAAAGGAUAAGCUUCAUGGAGCCGCACUACUAGAUGCACCGUACAGCCUAGUCGAUGCUCAUACAUGUUGCAAGACUUUAAUGUAUACUCCUACCCUGGAAGACGUGGGAACGUACUUGGCUUUAUACUGGCUUCCAACGCGUGUCGAUGGAAAAUCUGGAAAUGCACUGGUUUCCAUUUGUGAAUUUCCUGUUUCUGCUGCUUCUCCUGUAGUUUCCAAUGUUCAUAUAGAGGAGUUAUCAUCAAGUACUUACCUCGGGGAAGGAAACUAUUUUGGUGGUUAUGAAGGAUCAAGCUUAUUCAGUUGGUAUAGAGAAACCAGUGAUGGGAAAAGAACUCUAAUUGAUGGAGCAAAUUCUAGAACAUAUGAAGUAACCGAUGAAGACUAUACUUGCCGUAUUGUAUUUGGAUAUACACCGAUCCGCUCAGAUUCGGUUGUUGGAGAACUUAAAUUAUCUCAGCCAACUGAUGUGGUUCUCCCAGAGCUUCCAAGAAUUGAGAAACUAGUUCUUUCUGGGAAGAAUAUUGAAGGGGAUGUUCUCACAGCUAUCGAGGUUAUCCCACAAAGUGAAAGCCAAGAAGAUGUUUGGGGAAAAUACAAGAAAGAUGUCAGAUACCAGUGGUUUGUUUCAUCUGAAAAGGGCAGUGAAAAUUCCUUUGAGCCUUUAUCAUCACAGCAUUCUUGCUCAUACAAGCUUCAGUUUGAGGACAUAGGCCAUUCUAUUAGGUGUAAAUGCAUUGUGAAUGAUGUUUUUGGAAGGUCAAGUGAUCCAGCUUAUGCGGAAACUACUACUAUUUUACCAGGCAUGCCUAAAAUUGAAAAGCUAGAGAUUGAGGGAAGAGGGUUUCACACUAAUUUGUUCGCAGUUCGUGGUAUUUAUAGUGGUGGAAAGGAGGGUAAAAGUAAAAUUCAGUGGCUUAGGUCAAUGGUUGGAAGUCCCGAUCUCAUUUCUAUUCCAGGGGAGUCAGGAAGGAUGUAUGAAGCUAAUGUUGAUGAUGUGGGAUAUAGGCUGGUGGUCAUUUAUACCCCUUUAAGAGAUGACGAAGUUGAGGGACAGCCCAUUUCUGCAUCAACGGAUCCAAUUGCAGUAGAGCCUGAUGUUCUUAAAGAAGUGAAGCAGAAACUUGAAAUUGGAUCAGUGAAGUUUGAGGCCUUGUGUGACAAGGAUAGAUCUUCUAAGAAGGUUCCUGGAGUAGGAAGCCUUGAGAGAAGAAUUUUGGAGGUUAACAGAAAGAGGGUUAAGGUUGUGAAGCCUGGUUCUAAAACCUCCUUUCCCACAACUGAAGUUCGAGGAACUUAUGCUCCUCCAUUCCGUGUAGAGCUAUUUCGAAAUGAUCAACAUCGUUUCAGGAUUGUGGUCGACAGUGAAAAUGAAGCGGACUUGUUAGUCCAGACACGUCACAUGCGUGAUAUAAUUGUACUUGUUAUCCGAGGCCUUGCACAGCGCUUUAACAGUACAUCCCUCAACUCCCUUCUGAAGAUAGAGACAUAGAAUCAUACGCAACAUGUUGUACACUAAUGUAGCCUGAAUGGCAUUCUUUGUUUUGAUCGGGUCUUUUAUUUAAUCCUUUUUUUGGUUCCCUAUUCUCUUGACCCGUUUUUUUGGUUUAACAUUAAACUGCAAAUUGCUAAACACCAGAGUAACGUACAUCAUGGAUUGUGUGAGUAAAUAGGCUUGGUUGAAAAGGUUUAGUUUCAUUUGUUAUACAUCUAAUUUUUCAGGAUUGUAAUUGCCUGGCGG